AUGGAACAAGUGUUCAAGGCAAUAGAUAAGGACUCAACUGGUCAAAUCUCACUCUCUCAACUACAGGAGGAGAUUGAAGAGUUGGGUUCGGACAUUGACGAGAAUCCAAUGAUUGCUCAGUUGAUCCAGUAUCUAAGACAUGUACACUCUCAAUCACUUGGACUCAGCGUGUCGCAGGGUGGCGACGAUGAUGACCUGUCAGCGUCGACGGGCGGCCAGGAGAUCUGGAUCGACUUUGAAUCGUUUGUCAAUACCAUGACAAACUUUGCCGAGGGAGUCGAUCGUCGUGAGGCUCGCAAGCAGCGUGUCGAACGCCAAAAGUUGCCCCGCUUCAAGGUGCCCGUUGAACUGCUCAAGAAGUACAGCAUCACACCAAAAGGCUCACCAAUGGUCGUCGGUGGAACAAUUAGUCCCAAUGCUCAAGGCUACAGCCACACGGUCGCCUUUAGCCCAUCUAGGAACAAGUUCAACAAGAUGUUCUCUCAACGUCCCGUCAUCCAGUUUGAUCAGUUCCUUCAGUUGGCCACACAUCUAAACAAUGGCAAGGAGAUACCAAAGAACAAGCUGUUGAUGGUGCUCAAUGACCUGCCCAAGGACUCUGAAGGCUGCAUCGAUAUCAACAGUUUCCUCACGGCCUAUGGUGGCCUCAACCAUCCAAUGAGCCCCAAGUUGGUGCUGGAAGAGUCUGAUGUUCGCGACCGAUCAGAGCUGGUGGAGAAGUCCACUGUCGAGUGGAACAAGAACCGUGAGCUGGUCAAUCAACUCAGUGACAACUACAAGGUGUUGGAGAAAGAGGUAGAGACAUAUCAGUCCGAGAUAUCAUUCCUCGAGAAGUCCAAGCAGACAUUGGAGGCACAGCUCAAGAAGAAGGAGCAAGAGAUUGAGCGACUAAAGAAGGAGACCAAGUUUGUUGAUGGCAUGCGUGACACAAACAAAGACCUGAUCGUCCAAAACACCUCCCUCAAGCAACAGAUCUCCAAGCUCACAACCAACGAGAGUGCUCUCCGAGACAACAUCGAGUCUGAGAAGGAUAAGUACCGUUCAAUCAAUGAGAACCUAGUGCUCAAGGACUUGGAAAUCAAGAAGCUCAAUCAUCAACUAAAGACUCAACAGAAUAUCAACACUAAGUUAUCAAUGAUGAUAUCAUUCAACAAUGAGUCAGAGAAAGAAAAGACUGAGCAGAGUGUGCCGUCAACCAAGGAUCAUGGUUCAAAGACUGUCAAGGUCACACAGAGGGAGAGAUCAAAGCCAAACCUUAGCAAGCAAAAGUCAGAGAUCUUCCAGGUACCACUCAAGACCAGCUCAGCAGCAUUGGAUCUAUCACAAUCGCCAAUCAUUCAACAUCACUCAGAGUCAUCAUUGGCAACUUCACAACAAUCCAACAAUAGGCCACUUUCCCUCGACACUAGUGUUGACUACAACAACAUUAACAACAUCAGUAACAUUAGUUCGGGAAGCAUUGGAGAAUCAAUUCAGAGUGAGAUGGACAAGCUCAAGAAGGAGGACUCUGUCAAUGAGUUGGACCAACUCAAGAAACAAUUACAAUCAUAUCAAGAGGAGGAGCUCACACUCAGCUCAUUCCAAUCAGAGGAUAGUCUCAGUAACAUUCAAUCUGGAUUGCCAUCAAUUCCAGAGCACAAUUCACCACAGAAGCAACAACAACAAACAUUAUCAACAACAACAACAACAAAGGAGGAGAAGAAUGAGACAAUGUUACCACCCUCGCCAAUAAUGAUGUCCACACCAAUCAAGUCAACAUCAACAUCAACUACAACAACUACAACAUUAACAACAUCAAACAACAACACACCAAUACGUCUGAGUUCACCAUUUAUUCAAACACCAAAUGGUACCAAUUCACCAAGAUCAGUACUUACUUCACAGAGCUACGUUCGACAGAGUAGCCCAGCACUUGAGCGUGGCACAGUCAGUGGCACCAGCGCAACAAACAUGGCAUCACCCGUGGCCGUACCAACAUUCGACCUGUCAUCACUAUCGUCCAAUCCCAACGUUGGCAGCAUCAAGAGAAUGAAAAAGUCUGAUCUCAUCCGUCUACAGAUGAACGAGCUGGAGGCACACAAGGAGAGCGCGCAAAACAUCAUCGACGAGACCACAGCGGCCAUGUCCAACCUGUACAAAGAGAAGAGUGUCGAGCUACAGCGUAUACAAAAGAUGUACCAGGAGGAGAAACAAUCCAACAAGUAUCUCGAGAAACAGUUGAUGGCUCAGCUCGAGAAGAACAAAGAGUUGACCGCAGGCAAGGAGAAGAACUCAUGGGGAGGAAUGCAAGGAUUCUACUCAUUUGUCUCUUACUUUUUGCCAUCGACAUUAAUGUGUAAUGUAUCUGGAACCAGUUAA